UUUUUUAUCUCCAAGCUCAAAUUACUCCAAAAAUGAGUAACACAAAAACCACCUCCAAAGCUCCGAUUACUCGCCGGAACUCAGGCGAGUCCGACAAGUACUCCGGUGAAUCCGAAAGCCCGGGUCUCAUGAUUUUUGAGUUUUUGGAGGACAAUGAAAAGUCGCCGGACAGUUCGUGCAACUCCGGCAAUAGCUUCGACAUUGACGACUUUGUCGAAAACGAUGACGAGGAAGAUGAGAAUUGUUACGAUGGUGAAGGCAACACCAACAGGGCCUUUUGGGAGUCUCAGGAGCAGCUUCUCCAGGCGACAUUGCGUAGAAGUACCUCUCUUGAAUCGAAAAUUAGGCAAGCCACGAAGGAUGCUUUGAGGGAAUUGAAUUCGGAGGGUGUUGGUUGCGUUUGUCGGAGACCGGUGUCGGAUAAUUGCCGGAAUUGUAUGCAAAAUGAAAUCUCGAAUCGGCUUCGAACUGCAGGUCAUAAUUGUAUCAUUUGCAAGUCCAAGUGGAAGGGCUCUCCAGAUAUACCCUCAGGAGAGCAUACCUAUUUGGAAGUGAUGGACAAUACAAGUUCAAAGAGAGGAGAGACAAUAAGGGUGGUCAUUGAGCUGAAUUUUAGGGCUGAAUUCAAGAUGGCGAGAGCUAGCGAAGAGUACAACCACUUAAUCCACCAGCUACCCGAAGUGUUUGUGGGGAAAGCCGAGAGGUUAAGAGCCCUAAUCAAGAUAUUGUGUUAUGCAGCCAAGAAGUGCAUGGAAGCUAAAAAGAUGCAUAUGGCUCCCUGGAGGAAGCAUAAGUACAUGCAAUCUAAGUGGUUUGGCAAGCAUGAGCAAAUCAAUAGUACUAAUAGUACACUAGCACCAAUCAUGCCAGUUAAGCAUUUAGACCGGCCACCAAAGCAGAGGGCCUCCAUGCUUACCUUUGAUCUGCUAGAGAAUAUGCCUAGUUUUCAUUGUAGUGCUGCUAUUAGAGUUGUUUGAUGAUGAAGAAAGUUUUGCUACUCAGAUCAGUUUUGUCCUUCAGAUUAUGAAUAUUACAUUGUAUAUUUGCGAGAUAAGAGCUUUUGAAUGUCCCAAAAAUAAGUGGAGUAAUCUUAAUGAAAGAGUCUUUGUAAUGGUGAGCCCACAAUUCCAUGUGUACGGUUAUAAUUAUUUUUUGUAGUUAAUGUUGUGGUUGGUUUUGUUUUGAGACUUGUUGAUAUCUCAAUGUUAAAAAAUCAAGGUCUAAUUGAGAUUGUUGUUUUGGAGA